AUCCCAAACCAUAACCCAAAUCCUUAAAAACCGUCCAGAUCCGUCUCCUUCCCCAACUCUCAUCACACACACACACACUUCUAAUGGCUUCUUGUCUGAAUCUCUUCUUCUUCUCCUUCCUCUCCGCUCUAAUCAUUUCCAAAUCUCAGAUCUCUGAUUCCCUCAACGGAGUCGUUUUCUCUGUUGUUAAAGACCUACCAACCGGUCAAUACAUCGCGCAGAUUCACCUCGGUGACUCACCGGAGCCAGUCAAGCUCGUCGUCGAUCUCGCCGGCUCAAUUCUAUGGUUUGAUUGUUCCUCAAGACAUGUAUCCUCCUCUUGGAACCUAAUCUCCGGUAGCUCUAGCGGCUGCCUAAAGGCUAAGGUUGGGAAUGACCGAGUAUCAUCAUCAUCAUCGCGCGGAGACCACCAAAACGCUGAUUGCGAAUUGCUUGUGAGAAACGGCGCCGUUGGGAUUACGGCGAGAGGGGAGCUUAACAGUGACGUCAUGUCGUUUGGAUCUGUUACUUCUCCGGGAACCGUUGAUCUGCUUUUCGCUUGUACUCCACCGUGGCUGUUACGUGGGCUCGCUAGUGGAGCCCAAGGAGUAAUGGGCUUAGGAAGGGCCCAAAUCUCUCUCCCUUCACAACUCGCCGCGGAAACUAACGAUCGUCGUCGUUUAACGGUAUACCUGUCGCCGUUAAACGGCGUCGUGUCGACGAGUUCGGUUGAGGAGGUUUUUGGAGUGGCUGCGUCUAGAUCGCUGGUUUACACGCCUUUGUUAACCGGCUGGAGUGGCAAUUACGUAAUUAACGUGAAAUCGAUUAGAGUCAACGGGAAAAAACUCUCCGUGGAAGGUCCUUUGGCGGCGGAGCUGAGCACGGUGGUUCCUUACACGAUGCUAGAGAGCUCGAUCUACGCGGUAUUUGCGGAAGCUUACGCUAAAGCUGCGAGUGAAGCUACAUCGGUGGCUCCCGUAGCACCGUUCGGGCUCUGUUUCAUGAGUGACGUAGAGUUUCCGGCGGUGGAUCUGGCGUUGCAGAGUGAGAUGGUGAGGUGGAGGAUCCAGGGGAAGAAUCUAAUGGUGGAUGUUGGUGGUGGAGUCCGAUGCUUGGGAAUUGUUGACGGCGGGUCGAGUCGGGUCAACCCGAUUGUAAUGGGUGGGCUACAAUUAGAGGGCUUGAUAUUGGAUUUUGAUUUGGGUAACUCAAUGAUGGGCUUUGGGCAAAGAACACGUUCGGAUUCAGCUUCGUUGUAAUACAAACCUUUGUAAUUGUAACCAUCUAAUUUAACUGGUAGAUAAUUUUGAUCUCUUUUGUUUGUACUUUUUUUUUAAAAUACUUCUUGAUACAAGCAAUCACGCAUUUGUUGUACUAAUAGAGAGCCUUUUAGUUU